AUGAGCACGCAAGCGAACCCUCCGCAGUCUGCAUCCCAAUCAACCUCAGCGGGAUCGACACGCCCGCCUGUGACGCUCGGGCAGACCACCCAUCUCGACCCAGGUGCCUACGUCCGCGGCACGCACGCCAUCGCAGUCGGUGAACAUGACUUGGUGCACCCCAGGGCUCAGCUGAUUGCUGUGCACGGACCGCUGUCUAUCGGCGACAAGUGUAUUAUCUCUGAGAAGUGUAUUAUCGGUGGCCCUGUUCCGAGCUCAGGCGGUUCCGCCACUGAUCCGACUUCCAAAGCCUCUGGUGCCCCUGGAAGCGGGAGUAACCAGCCUAGCCCGUUGAUUAAUCAGGCUGGUGCUGAGGAAGCCGAUGAGGAGGAGCGCGACCCAGUGAAAACUGUCAUCCACGAUGGCGUUUACAUCCAUCCAAGCUCACAGGUCCAUGCCGGAGCAACGAUAGGCGAAGGCGUCCUAAUUGAAUCUCACGUGACAAUCAUUGGAAACGUCAUCAUCGGAUCACACUCGAAGAUCUGUGCUGGGGUUACUGUGGAUAGAGAUGUGCCGGAUUGGACGGUUGUAUGUGGAAAUGGUGAUAUAAAGCGACGGAGGAAGAAAAGGUCUGCCGAAGAAGAUCAGAUAGAGCUGGUCGAGAUGCUGAGGCUCAAGGCGAUGGACAAAGAACGCGAGGGAACAGUCACUCUUCUGAGGGCGGCGGCUCGGAUGGCGAGUUUGGCCAAGAAGAAGUGA